AUGUGUGGUUAUCACAACCAUGAAUUAGCCGAGACUUUGGUCGGUCAUCCUUAUGCGGGGAGGUUAAAUGCUGCUGAACAGUCAAUUCUUAUUGACAUGACUAAGAGUCAAGUUAAACCUGCAAAUAUUCUCUUGACUCUUAAAGAGCAUAAUGAAGAUAACGUGACAACUAUAAAACAAAUAUAUAACGCGAGAUACACUUACAAACGAUCUUUGAAAGGGUCGAGAACUGAAAUGCAACAGUUGAUGAUGUUGUUGGAUAGAGACAAAUACAUCCAACAUAGUAGAUGUUUGGAAGAUUCUGACGUAGUAAGUGACCUAUUUUGGACACAUCCUGAUUCAGCGCACCUGGUCAAUUCAUUUAAUAUUGUGUUCUUAAUGGAUACGACAUACAAGACAAACAAAUAUCGUCUUCCGUUGCUUGAGAUCGUUGGAGUCACGUCCACUGGUUUGACAUUCACAGCCGCUUUUGCAUUNCUUUCAAGUGAACGCCAAAAUAAUUUCACUUGGGCAUUGGAAAUGUUUAGACGAUUACUAUUGACAACAGANGGCGGUCCACGAGUUGUUGUCACUGAUAGAGACAUUGCUUUGAUAAAUGCCAUUACCAAUGUCUUCCCUGAUUCAUAUCGUAUGCUUUNUACAUUCCACAUUAUGAAGAAUGUGAAAGCGAAAUGCAAGAUGUUAGUGGAUAAUGCUGAGGCAUGGGAUGGGUUGAUGGAACUAUGGCAAAAUGUGAUGGAUUGUGACGACCAGUCCAAGUUUGGUGGUUAUGUUGAUCGUUUUGAGUAUGCAUGUGCUGCGUGGCCUUUAUUUUUUGAUUAUGUCACCCGUACUUGGAUCAUGCAGUAUAAGACAUGCUUCGUUAAGGCGUGGACAAACAAAGUCAUGCAUCCAGGCAACACUACAACAAACAGGGUUGAGUCUGCGCACUGGAACCUGAAGAGAUUAUUGGGGUCUAGUAUGGGAGACCUAUGCUCGUGUUGGGAUGCUAUGCAUAAUGUCAUUGUCCUACAGCAUAAUAAGAUCAGAGCGUCCUUUGAAAAAAGUAUUAACUUAAAGAGUGAUGCUUAUAAAGCACUGAGAUAUAAAAGACUUGUUGGACGUGUUUCACGAUACGCUUUUGAACUUAUUGCUGAUGAAGUAGAUCGAGUGAAUAAAAUAGGUUUGGACAGUGGUCGUUGUGGAUGCAUUUUGAGCUCAACGUAUGGCCUACCAUGUGCUUGUAGUUUAGCACGAUAUGAGCCUGGAAUGAUUCCUAUUGGUGAAAUACAUGUUAUCUGGACCCGUUUAAGCAUUUCAAGAACUGUGUCUACUGAAUCGCUUCCAGAGUUUAGCCUUGAUCAUGAAUUUAAACUGGUACAGGAACGAUUCAAAAAUGUUGACAUUGGUGAAAAAGUCAACAUAAGACAUAAGAUGCUAGAAAUUCCUUGCCCAGAGAUGACAUCUAUGCUUGCUCCGGCGCAUAAAGUGAAGACAAAAGGUGCACAAAAGACUAAAGUUGCACGGCAUGAGAGGUUUACGAAACGUGACCCAUCAUAUUUUGAGCACGUUGAUACUUUUAUUUCCAGGACAGAGCCUUCUUCUUCACGAAAAUCUCAAGUCAAAUCGAAGCCGAAAGAAUUUGCGCGAAGUGUUGUACCAUUCUUAAAUCAAUUUCAUCCGAUUUGUCAACCAUACAUUGUCGAUGUUGUUGCCGAUGGUCAUUGCGGUUAUCGAUGCAUUGCUGCUUUGUUGGGUCUUGGUGAAGAGUCUGAGCUGCGUUUACCGCCAACGCAGUCUGAACUACGUUUUACGUUCUCCCAUGCACUCCCAAUCCUACACAACCGCAGAUCGAACAGCGGUUGUUUGCUGACGCCGAUCGAGUUGCGGCGCUCCUUAACCGCAAAACGACUUGCGGUUGCAGUACCAUUUGCGGUUAACAAAACCAGAUCUACCAGAUCUACAACUACCAGUAGAGAAAUACUAACCUUCACGCCAGAUCUGCUACCCAGCUACCUCCAGCUACCUGCUACGCUGACAGUCCAUGCGAUAGCACCAACUUACGAGCACAGAGGAUGCACUGGUUGGAAGGAGGGGAUGCACCGGUUGGAGGGGAGGGAAGGGGAGGAAGACUGGUCAGGGAAGAUGAAAAUAGGGGGUGUAGGAUUUUUUUGA